ACAUCUUUCUUGCGUAUACAUUACGCUGUCAUAAGUGGCGCCAAAAACUGCUUCGCGUGCAUGCAAUAGCAGAAAGUAAUAAACUUCAAAUUAUUUGCAUUAGUUCGUCAACAUCAGAUACAAUUUUGUUAAAAAGAUAUUGUAAAUAAAAGAAAUGGCGGAUCAAGUGAGUUCUCCACCUCCAGCAACGCCUAGUGAUGUAGACGACCGACGUGAAUUGCGAGCUGCAAUGACUUCACCAGUUGGUGAUUUUGAGCCAUUCGAAAAUGAAGAUGAAAUCCUUGGAGAUCAAACUAUACGAGACGAAGAGGAAGAAGAUGGUGAGGAGUUGUUUGGGGAUAAUAUGGAGAACGACUACCGGCCUAUGCCAGAGUUGGACCACUAUGAUCCCGCAAUGUUGGACGAUGAUGAGGAUUUCUCAGAGUUGUCACAAGGCGAGCGGCACGCAGCUGAAUCUGAAAUGCGAAAACGUGACCGUGCCUUAGGUAUACAUCGCGAUGAUCGCGAUCUGGGUUUUGACCAAAGUGACGAUGACGACGAUGUCGGUCCACGUGCAAAACGCCGAGCUGCGGAAAAAGCGGCAGAAGGUGAAAUGGAAGAUGCAGAAAUGAUAGAAUCUAUAGAAAAUUUAGAAGAUACAAAGGGUCAUUCGACAAAAGAGUGGGUCAGUAUGCUUGGACCACGCACAGAAAUUGCCAAUCGUUUUCAGUCAUUUUUGCGCACAUUUGUGGACGAGCGUGGUACAUACACAUACAGGGAUCGCAUUCGUCGUAUGUGUGAGCAGAAUAAAUCGUCAUUUGUGGUGUCAUAUACAGAUUUGGCAAACAAGGAACACGUAUUGGCAUAUUUCUUACCUGAAGCUCCUUUUCAAAUGUUGGAAAUCUUCGAUAAAGUCGCAAAAGAAAUGGUUUUGUCUAUAUUUCCAACGUACGAACGAGUUACAACAGAAAUUCAUGUUCGUAUAUCAGAACUGCCACUUAUAGAAGAGUUACGUACCUUCCGCAAACUACAUUUAAACCAGCUCGUGCGUACUUUGGGUGUAGUUACUGCAACAACUGGCGUACUGCCUCAGCUUUCAGUUAUUAAAUAUGACUGUGUAAAAUGUGGUUACGUUUUGGGGCCCUUUGUUCAAUCACAGAAUUCCGAAGUAAAACCGGGUUCCUGCCCAGAGUGUCAAAGUGCUGGUCCAUUUUCUAUAAAUAUGGAGCAAACGCUUUAUCGCAAUUACCAGAAGAUUACAUUGCAAGAAUCACCUGGUCGUAUUCCCGCUGGGCGGAUCCCAAGAAGCAAAGACGUUAUACUUUUGGCAGAUCUAUGCGAUUUGUGUAAGCCAGGCGAUGAACUGGAGGUGACUGGUAUUUACACCAACAAUUAUGAUGGCUCUCUAAAUACAGAGCAAGGGUUCCCAGUUUUCGCUACUGUAAUUAUAGCAAAUCACAUUGUGGUGAAGGACAGUAAGCAAGUCGUACAGUCGCUAACAGAUGAGGAUAUAGCUACCAUCCAGAAGUUAAGCAAAGAUCCAAGGAUCGCGGAAAGAAUAAUUGCGUCAAUGGCUCCUUCUAUAUAUGGACAUGAAUAUAUAAAACGUGCGCUUGCCUUGGCAUUAUUCGGUGGAGAGUCUAAGAACCCAGGUGAUAAACAUAAAGUUAGAGGUGACAUAAAUUUGCUCAUAUGCGGAGAUCCCGGCACAGCAAAAUCGCAGUUUUUGAAAUACACCGAAAAGAUAGCACCACGCGCGGUUUUCACAACUGGACAGGGUGCUAGUGCUGUGGGUUUGACAGCUUAUGUUCGUCGAAAUCCGAUAUCACGUGAGUGGACUUUGGAAGCAGGCGCUUUAGUGUUAGCCGAUCAAGGAGUAUGUCUAAUUGAUGAGUUUGACAAAAUGAAUGACCAAGAUCGAACAUCCAUUCACGAAGCCAUGGAACAACAGUCAAUCUCAAUAUCAAAAGCUGGUAUUGUAACCUCUUUACAAGCUCGCUGCACAGUUAUUGCUGCUUCCAAUCCAAUUGGCGGACGCUAUGAUCCGUCGAUGACCUUUUCUGAAAAUGUCAACCUAUCGGAACCAAUUCUGUCGCGUUUCGACGUACUUUGUGUAGUUAAAGACGAAUUCGAUCCCAUGCAAGAUCAGCAUCUGGCUAAGUUCGUGGUAAAUUCACACAUCAAACACCACCCCUCAAGCGAGGAGUAUGUAGAAGAAACGCAGACAACAGGAGUUACUGAAAUACCUCAGGAUCUUUUACGGCAGUACAUUAUUUAUGCCAAGGAAAAUGUGCGCCCUAAACUCACGAACAUUGAUGAAGACAAAAUAGCCAAGAUGUAUGCACAACUACGCCAGGAGUCCUUUGCCACCGGUUCGUUGCCAAUAACCGUAAGGCAUAUUGAAAGCGUUAUCCGCAUGUCCGAAGCGCACGCACGCAUGCAUUUGCGUGAGAAUGUUACUGAGGCUGAUGUCAGCAUGUCUAUACGCAUGAUGUUGGAGAGCUUCAUUGAAGCGCAAAAGUUCAGUGUAAUGAAGAAAAUGCGCACAGCAUUCCAGAAGUAUCUCUCCUUCCAGAAGGAUCACUCAGAAUUGCUAUUCUUCAUUCUACGACAACUAACGCUCGACCAGCUAGCGUACAUACGUUGUAAAGAGGGUCCUACAGCAACGCAUGUGGAAAUAAUGGAACGCGAUCUCAUCGAGCGUGCAAAACAAUUAGACAUUUUUAAUUUAAAACCGUUCUACGAUUCGGAAAUUUUCAAACAAAAUGGAUUUUCCUACGACCCCAAACGGCGUACAAUUCUGCAGAUCGUCACAGAAGCUGCGGUGUAAUCAUUCCCAUUUAAAUAAUUUUGUUAUACGUUUUAAGACAUAUGUGUUUGUUUUGUUUCAUCGUACCAUGUUCGGCACUUUUAUAUUCAUCAUUAUUUUAUUACAUAGUAAGAUAACAUGUAUCCCGCGAUAAAUUGUCGCGCUUAAAGUACAAUUACCAAUAAAGUUAUAUCUUUUACAAGGAAA